AGUUAUGCAAUGUUUUUAGUGAAUUAAAAUACCGGUCUUGUGGUACGUCAUUUUAAAGAUAUUAUCGAGUACUUUGUUAUUCCAAAAGAUAAAUCUAGUUAAAAGUAUAGGUGAACCACCACUGUACCGAACCGUUUAUAGUGUGAGAACAACCAACACCGAAAUUUCCUUACCGAAGAGGCUAAAAAAUCCCCGUCUGAUUUAUAGCAUGCAAACCUCAUUCCUAUUAAUAAUUUAUUUGAUUUUUACUUGUGGCAACACCGCUUUAGGCUUGAGUUCUCAAUGAUCCCAUAUAGGCAUCAGGUGCACAACUCAUGUCUGACCGUGCUAUCGUUGUUGCCACACGGCGCAAAAACUAAAAACAGUCAAGGAAAGUGCAACGAGCUAUUACUCAAUUUAACUAAUUAUUAAUUUAAAUAUUGUUUUUUAUUAUUUGAAUUAAUUUAUUAAAAAGUGCCUGCUUUUGGUAAAAAUUAUUAUUGUCUUGGAAAAUCUAAAAAAAAAUUGCUUCAACCAUUAUACCGUAUAGAAGACAAUUAUUAUCGUCUACAGGUGUCGUGCAAGGAUUAACAGAUCACCGAACCGAAUAAUUCGUCUUUUUCUUUGCGAGUCUCAUUAUACAUCUGGCUUCACUUUACGAUAAACUUCCAAACAUGUUAAAAAUUAAAUUUUAUUCACUUUUUUUAAUUAUUAUUAGUAGUUUUAUAGCAAUCAGUGCAAAUAAACCAAACAUCCAAGAAAAUGAUUAUAUGGCAGUAAAAGGUCAUAUCAGUGGGGUCACAAAUUUAGUCACCGAAGCCCUUCAGAAUAUGGCAACUGGCCAUAACAAUGGACACAAACCCAAAAUCAGCCCUUUGAUUACUGGCUUCCUAAAACUAUUGGGGUUUGACCCUAAUAACAUUGUCACUAUUGCUUUAAAUGGGGUCAUAUUUUUAGCGCAAAUGAUGGGAUCUUUAAUAUUACGUAAACCAAGCGAAAAGCUACGCAUGUCUCAUGACACGGAAGAGUCCCCGGAUAUUAGCAUGGAAAACCCUUUUGACUGGAUUUGGCAAAAUCAGGAAAUUGCCAAUAGGGUUAGCCUACUUACUAGUAAGGACUUAUCGGAAAACGUCUUGAAUUAUAUUAAAGAAAACUCCCAGAAUGAGGAAACUGCUUGUGUGCAAUUGUUAAUUUGUAAAAUUUCGCCCUUUAUCUGGAAAAUGCAAGAUGCACUGACCAAGGAAAAUUCUUUGGGUGAGGGUUAUACUUCUGUGCUGUUUCAUUUUAUUCCUACGAGGGAAGAACUGAAAAAGCAAAGUGAAAUUUGCGAAAAAAGAUUUCCAUUCUGUAACUAAAAGAAGUAGAAAAUAAGAAUUUUCCCAAUAUAUGGCAACACCACGUUGCGCUUAAGUUAUAUUUUUUAAUACAGUAGCGGCGUUGGUUAAGCUACGGGUGAAGUCGACACGAUUCGUAGAUGGCCGUUUUAGCGAUGUUGCCAUAUGAUGUGAGAAAUAAUAAUGAGCACCCUUAAAUUUCUAAUAAUAUUUACGACUUAUUUAGUUUAAUUUUUUUUUAAAAAUAUAUAUAUUUUUUUAAAAUUAGA